AUGGCUCAGCAGCAAACAAAUCCCGAGGAGGUGGUCCUCGGACAGGAGGCCGGGGGCGCGAGGGUGAUCACUCUCAACCGCCCGCGCCAGCUCAACGGCAUCUCGGACAGAGUGGUGUACCUCCUGGCGCAGUUCCUGGAGAAAUGGGAGAAGGAUGAGAACGCCAAAUUAGUCAUCUUUAAGGGAGCUGGACGUGCAUUUUCUGCUGGUGGGGACCUAAAAAUGUUUUAUGAAGGGAAAUCAAAUGAUUCCUGCCUCGAGGUUGUGUAUAGAAUGUAUUGGCUUUGCUACCACAUUCAUACGUACAAGAAAACAACGAUUGCUCUUGUUAAUGGGCUUGUCAUGGGUGGUGGUGCUGCUAUGGUUGCACCACUAAAGUUUGCAGUUGUCACAGAGAAAACAAUCUUUGCUACUCCUGAGGCUAGUGUUGGAUUGCACACAGAUUGUAGCUUUUCCUACAUCCAUUCUCGGCUGCCUGGAUAUUUAGGCGAGUAUCUGGCUUUAACUGGUGAUAGACUGAAUGCGAAGGAAAUGAUUUCUGCUGGUCUUGCAACUCAUUUUGUCAGUUCCGAAAAAUUGGAAGAACUUGAAAAACGUCUACUGGAUUUGGACACAGGUGAUGAGUCUGCAGUCCGAGCUGUUAUUGAAGAAUUUUCAACAGAUGUUCAACCUGAUGAAGAUAGUAUUUUGAACAAGCUUUCAAUUAUCAACAAAUGCUUCUCUGCGGAGACUGUUGAGGACAUCAUAAAAACAUUUGAAUCAGAAGCGAGCAUAGACGGAAACCAAUGGAUAGCUCCAGUUCUGAAGGGUCUGAGAAGAUCAUCUCCAACUGCACUGAAGAUCACCCUGAGUUCGAUCAGAGAAGGUCGGAAACAGAGUUUGCCUGAAUGUUUGACUAAGGAAUUUAGGCUUACAAUGAAUAUACUGCGGUCUGUUGUUAAUGGGGAUGUUUAUGAGGGCAUUAGAGCUCUUAGCAUUGAUAAAGACAAUGCCCCUAAGUGGAAUCCCACUACCCUUGAGGAGGUGAAGAACGAGGACAUUGACCGUGUGUUCCAGCCGUUCAGUUCGGAGCAGGAGCUUCAGGUCCCAUCUGAUGAUUCCAACAGGUGGAGCGGCAAAUAUGAGAACACGGUCUAUGGCAGAGCUUCCUCCUAG